AAAUUUCCAGGGCGCUAACGUUCGUGUGGGAAGAAAGCUAACGUUAACUCCAUUUCAAGAGCAAUUUUUCGACGUCGUGCAGCCUUUGUGUGGAAAUGCGGGGACGAUGGCGAGUUUUUCUCGUCGUGUGUCGGACUUUUCGAUAGUUAUUAAGAGCUGAGCGUCACGUGGAAGAGUGGAAAAUAUGCCUCAUAGUGAAAAAAUGAAGAGCUGGAUCUGUCCGUUGAGCUGAAACAUGGGAGCAAGCGCUUCAGUCUCACUAUCGCUCUGUGUAAGUUAAAGAGCUCAGUGUUUGAGCUUUACUAUCUCUGUUUUUCAACUUUGUGCUUGUAGGACAGUUUUACCUUCUACUAAAGCAGCCAACUAUAACAUUUUGGACACUUGUGGUGUGUCCCAAAUCGCAUACUUCCAUGCUAAAUACUUAAAAUUUUGAGUAUACUCAACUCAAAUUGGAAAAAAGUAUGGAAGUAUGCGAUUUGGGACACACUCCUGGGUAAUCUAAUGCAACCUAAUACAAUAACUUUAGCACUAGUUCUACUUUUAUGAGAUUGUCAGACAGGUGAUAAUUCUCCUUCUUUGAGUGUUGGUGGUGAACUGAAGUGCAUUACAUUGAAAUAUUUUGCUUCCCAAACUACUUUAGUAAUCUACUCAGUCAUAUUAACAAAAACAGACAGAGAAAGUAAUUCAUGGUUGAACUGUUAGAUUGCAUUACAUUUUCUGGGGUAAUAAAAAGAAACAUCUUGAAGUUGCUUAUGUAAAUAUAUCUAGCUUUAUGAAUUAACAUGAAAUCACUGGAACCCAAUAGCUUAGUAAAUAAAGUAAAUAAACUUAAUAACCAAUAAAAAAAAACAAUAUUUAAAAACCAAUAUCUAUCUAUCCAUCUAUCUAUCUAUCUAUCUAUCUAUCUAUCUGUCUAUCUGUCUAUCUAUCUAUCAGUGCAUUGACUUUUAUUGAAAUAAAGCAAAAGUAAUGUAAUAGAUAAAGUAACUUAUAUUUGUUCUGCAUUUAUGUGAUACAUUUACGGGGUCUUAGAUUUCCAAACCCAAGCUUAAACCUCUCAGGGGGUAUUGCCUAUUGUGUGUAAAAAUGUAGGACACUAUUGCCUGCAGCUUAAGGUCUUACAAAGUAACAUGCACCAUAAGAAUCCAGGUCAAGAAUUGAUAUAGUAAGUUAACACCCCAUGACUAAAUAUCUUCCUGCUCAAAUGGAAGAGGGUUUCAAAUGACAGACCCACGCUACUUAUCUGAAACUUCUCUUAUCAUCUGGCAACAUGACAUUAGGAGAUGAGCAAUGUAAAAGUUUGAUUUCUGUGCUUGAUUCAGCUGCUGCAUUUCCUUUUCCAUGCAGAGCGACCCAUCUUCAGUGCGAAUCCUGAGGCCUAGUGCUAAGGUGAGCCCAGAAUCUGAACUACCUGCCAGGUGUGUGUUUGGUGUUGCCUUGGAAACAUUGAGAGAGGAUGGGCAGAUGGUCUGUGGGGUGCCUCUUAUGUUGAGAGACAUGGUGGAGUUCCUGAAUAAGAAUGGUAAGCCAGGCACACCCUUGGUUUUUGUUGCAUCUCCUUUAUUUAUUUGUAUCCUAUCCGUGUUCUCUCAUUUUGGAUGUGAGAGUUAUCUUCAACCUUCACUUCUAUGGGAGCUAACUCGAUCAUUUGUUACUUUACCACAGCCAUGCACCACAGAGGACUGUUCCGACUCUGUGGCUCAGCGGUGCGGACUAGGCAGAUGAGGCAGCGGUGGGACAAGGGAGAGAGGGUGGAUCUAGAACAGGAGCAGGAUGUUCCUACUGUGGCUUCGCUCCUUAAACUCUUCUUCAGGGAGCUGCCAACCCCCUUAGUGCCGGAACCCCACCGUAAACAACUAAUUCGGACCCUGAGAGGUACAAAGGAAACAUUUGACUGACAACUUAAGAAUCUAAUUUCAUUUACUUUUCUUUUUGAGUAGAAAUGUAAGAAGAAUUAAACCAUUGUUGAUGGUACAAAGGAUUGCUGAGCUCACUGUAUGUACUGAGAUACCUUUGCCCCAUUUUGGAGCUGCAGUAAAAGCCCUGACCUGCUGAGACAGGAAAGUGAUGGAGCUAUGAAACUGUCUCUCAAGGCCAGAUGUCAUAGCAAUGUCUUGGUGGUAUCACUUAGUAAGAGCUUGAAUCCCCCAAAACUCAGUUGUACUUUGUGGCCGGUCAUGCAUUCAAAACAUAAACAAGGUGGCUGUGUCCUAAAGAACUUGAAUUUUGGUGGUAAAAGCUGAAUCUGUCAAUAAAUCUUAUGCCUUUGGGCUGGUAUGAAUGUACUCUAUAUCAAAACUGGUUAUCCUAGAUGAUGUGUUUCAGCUGUGUUUUUGCUUAUUUUCAGAAUAUGAAGAAGAGAUGGAUGUGAACCAGUCUCUGAAAGAAAAUCUUUACCACCUUCCAGAUGACAACCUCAGUGCUCUAUCUUACCUCAUCCACUUCCUGUGUCGAGUGGCAGAUCACAGCAAAUCAAAUCACAUGCCUGUGGAAAACCUGGCUGCCAUCUUUGGGCCUUGUAUAUUCCGGUAAGUUACUGCUGUCAUAAAUUCCACAUCUAAACUUUAAACCCUGUACUAAAACUUGAGGUUGUUCUAGUGUAGAGAGUUUGAUGAUAGUAUAACUGUCAUUAAAUUAAAAGAGGGAUUUUAUUGGCAGUUUGUACAUAUUUAAUGUUGGUUUUCAGAGCUAGUUUUGAAUACAGAUCACAGGUAGAGAGAUUUUAUUUAAUAGUAUGAUGAAGAGGAAUCAAACAAACAGAGUGAAAAUGUUCCGUUCUGCAACAACUUGGAGUGUUUUCUCCUUCUGUAAGCUCGCCUUGUCAGAUCCCAAUAGAGAAUUAUUUUCCAUUUUCUAAGGCUAUGUCACUUAGCUGGGAUGGAGUCAGGUUUGUCACCAAGGAAAUGAGCAUAGACUGUGGACAGACAAUUGACUUAAGAUAAAAGAGAAGCCAUCAGGAUUUUGUCCUUUGCAACUCCCUUCCUGUUUACCCAACUUAGAAAUCCUUGUCAACAAACACACUCCCCCGGGACUCCUGUUGUGCCAUACAGUCAACAUCCUUUCCACAGUUUUUCCAUUCCUCGAGCUGACAGUUAUCUUUGUCAGCCCUGUAGGAAAAGUAAAUGACGUGUCAGGAAAAUGUUUUGUCUGUGACGUAAAGUUUUAAAAAUAAGGAAAGUUGUCUAAUUUUAUAAUGAGGGGGGAAGAAGAGUCUGUGAAGGGGAGUGGAGUUGGCAACAAAAGUAUGGAAAAAGUUGGGUGUUGUUUUGAGUUGAAAAAUGAAGACAGCGUGAUUUGAUGUAAUGGUUUGAAUGAGGGAUUAUGUUGCAAAAAAUAUCCAACUGUACAAAAAUAUUAUUUAAGCAAAAAAACUGUCUGAGGUACAAGUUUAUGGUUUUAUAAUUCAAGUGUAAUUUAUUACAAGAGGACUAUUUUAUGUUAAAUUGUAUAAAGGUUGAUAUUGUGGUUUUAGCACCAUAAGCAUUCUGGUGUACUGUUGUUCACAUCAAGAGAACAUUUUGAUAGUUCAUAGACUGCUGGCUGGACUAGUCUUAUAGGUAUGUACUCUAUAGGUAUUCAGAGACGGCAGUCCUCAUGGCAGCAGUUGUUGGUUUGGCUCCUUGCCACCGCUCUUUGCUACAUGUUAUAACUCACUCUCUGCCCCCCCUGAUUUCCUGCCUCUCUUUCGCUGUCCUACCUAAUAAGGGAUAAAAUUCACCCUGAAAUAUAACUACAUACAGUGCCUAGCAUAAGCCAGUACACCCACUAUUAAAAGUAAUAUACUCAAUAUCUAGAUGAGCAAAGAUAUAAUUUCCAAAGUUUUGACAAGGCUGAGUUUAACAUAACAUUUGAUAAAAAUCAGGGUGAUAUGGUAAAUAAAAUUUAGCUUCGCUCUCAGAACUUUGAUUGUGGUGUACUUAUUUUUCAUCCUGAUUUUUAAAUUGAAAAAAAUACUUUUUUGUAUGCAACUUAAAAAAUCUUGUUUGCAAUCAGUGGCCUACAUUUGGGGGGAGUAUUUUGUUGUACAGGCUGACAUAGAAAAUGUUGAUUUUGAUUGGAAACUUAAGGUUUUCUGACAACUGUGAAGGGGUGUACUCAUUUAUGCUGAGCACUGUAAAAGGACAAUGAUGUCCAAUUAGCAGGAUGAUGAUUCCCCCAACAUGAACUAAUUAACAACUUUAUUUUGUCUAUUUGGAUGUGAUAGCCUAAUAGACUAGGGCCUGCAUUUAUGUUGAGUCUGUUUAAAAUGUUCACGUUUUCAUUCAUAAAUAAUAAUUAUAAGGACCUCAAUUUAAGAGUAGCGAAGAUUCUUAUUGUAUUGCCCUCCAAGUAAGGAUUGAAUGAAUAGAUGUUGACAGACAAGGCAGCACGUGACCUAGUCAUGCAGAAUUUGUGAUGGCUUCUUUGGCAUCUCUUCUCUCGUCCAUAUUUGUUAUCUGAGCCCUGUCCAAACAGUCUGUUGCCUUCAUUUGUGUCUGUUAUGUAAGAGGACAGCCUGCUCUCCUCCUCCUCUCUGUCAUUCCUGCUUUUCAUGUAAACACGUAUCUAUUUAUACUGAAAGUUUUCACAUUCUCUCUCUUCUGGUGUAAAGUCUGUGGUCAUCUUUACCUGUCACAUGUACAUCAGAUUAGAAAAGAAGAUAAAUAUGUGAAGACUAUUCUAGGUCUUAGGUGGUGCUUGUGGUGCAUCUGCAGAACACUGUGCAUGUUUUAAACAAAGAUAAAGUUAUCUGAGAAGAUUUUUCUAUCUGACUGUUAAUUUUUGUCGAAAGGUAAUGCAUGUUUUAAACCGUCAUGAUUGAUUCACCUUAGUUGGACAGCAUAAUCUCAAUUCAUCACUGUAAAAAAAGCAAAAAAAACUGUCCACUAGAUGGCACACUUACCCAUUGUCUCAUCUUUUUAAGGGCACAGAAAGUGACUUUUGUUGUUGUUCUCUUGUCUGUGCAGUGUCCCCACAGGAGCCAGAAUGUUGGAGGAGCAGAGUUUGUGCAAUGCCCUGUUGCUUCAUCUUCUGAGGCACCAGGAGAUUCUGCUUCCAGUCCAGGGCGAGGACACUGUUGCCUCCUCAAUAGCCUCCUCUUCACCCCCUCCUCCGACUCUGUCUGCUCUUUCUCACUUUGAGGUGAUCCGAGUUCCAAAUUUUAAGAUCUGUGAAUCAUACACUAUACUUCUCUUGGUGAGCGAUCUUAUCACAUCGUUUACACAAAAAAAUGGGCUACGCCAUCAUCUGUUUUGCAGAGUUAUUCAAAUCUUUGAAGUUUGAUACCAUGCAUCUGGUGUUGGCAAGCUUCCUUUAGCACUAUUGCUGGUGCUCAUGCAAGUCACAAUCAAGUCACAAUAAAUCAGCAGCUCGUAAAAUGCAAAGGUUGGAUUCAGCAAAAAAAAACAUUAUCUUUGAUUUAGAUUGUAAUUAUCAUUGAUUAACAAUGUUACUUAGGGUCAUUGAAAUCUUUAGCUGUAAAUUGGAAACUCAAAUGUUUUAUGAAUUAAAAAAAACCCUCACCAUUCAGAGCUAGUUAUACAGGCUUUAAUGUUUAUAGAAUAUGAUAACUAUAUAGAAUUAUUUAUUUUAAAAGUCCCAAACCUAAAAUAUGGUCAACAUUGUUAAGAUCUGUUUUUUUUUUCAGAUUUAUUUAAUAUUAUUUUCUCUUUUACAGUAAUUAAAGACUAAAAAUAUGUGUUUUUUUAACCUCUCAAAAGUGGUAUGAGUGUGUAUAUGCUCAUUUUUAUUGUCUUUUGUAGGUCCGACCCAGCAGCUGCCACUCAGAGAGGAGAAGUGUGGAGAGGUUGGAAGAAGAGAUCAGUCCAGUCUCAGCAACCAACACAUACCACAAAACAAACAUCAUUCAAUCCUGGUUCAACAGGUACUGUCAUCAGAUCUAGGGAGUGGUAAAUGUACCAGCAUACAGUCACACCCAAGCCUCCUCCUUCAUACAGUACAUAUUAUCCUAGGGGGAUAAUUAGGACAUGACCUUUUCCCCUGUGCCACUACGCUCUAUAAUUAGCAUCACUUAGUAAGUUGUCAGGUUAAUUGUUGCGUAGUACUCGAUAAAGCUGACACGUCAUUCAUGGUAAAUUAAGGCCAUCCUCUUGAGAUCUUUUGUUUAUGGAAGUCACAAACAAACCGAGCUGUGUGGCUUUUUUUAAUGGAUAGUAGAAAGUCCAGACAGAGCUGCACCAACAGAGAGGGAAAAAUCCAAUCAAAGGAGAUCGGUACUGUUUGGAACAAGAUAUCUGUGACAAGCUUAUAGCACAUUUUAGCUGAUCAGUAAUUAUUUGAAAUGCUGCUGUCUAUGGUUAACAUGAAGGUAAUAACAUAUAUAUCUAUUAUGAUUGUUAUUAACUGGGAUUAUUGAUGAUCAGUCGAUUAGUUAGGGUUUAUGGUGCUGUAUUGUGAUAAUUUCCCCACAGUUCUUUCGAUUUUUCUGCUUGUGUUUGGAUUGAUUAAAAAAACAUCUCUCUGCAGAAACUCUAACACCCACUAACUUUAACCCCUGGGGAAAACUCGUGUUACACUUACAGCCGACGUGUGCUAAAUAUGAACAGCAUCAAGGUUUUGUUUCUUGAAGAGGGGAAGUGGGGCAAUGUUUAAAUUAGUCCCCCCAGCCUGAUAUCUACAUAGUAACUGCCACCUGCUUGUGGGGAACUGUUCCCUCUCAGAACUUGUAGGCCACGGGGCUCUUUUCUAUUUUUAAAGUGCAAAUUCGAGUAGCUGCAGGAUUGGCAACACAGACAUUGAAUUACAUCAGUGUGUGUUUUCUAUUUUAGUCCUCCCAAGUCAGCAUGCGACAAGGCGUUCACGUGCACUGGCUGACUGUUUUUCAAAGCUGUUACCCAUGUGUGUGUCCCAUUGAAGCAUGUCUGGUAUCUUAAUUUGUGUCUGUGCAUUAAUAGGAGUUCUGCUUGAGGCUUAUGUAGAUGACAUUGGAUACAGAGACAUUUGCGUGCUGCUAUUCUGAGCAAACAUGCACUGCUGUUGUUUUGAAAUGAUUUUCCCUUCGGGGAAUGCAAGUGAAUGUUGAGUAAAUCUAGGUUAAAACUGUUGAAACAAGCACAGGCAAAGUGACACAUGCAUGAGUGCUAUAUAUCUGGCAACCGUUAUGUUAUUAUUGAACUGCCCAUGUGCAUCAGUUUAAUGACAGGUCAUCAGAAGAUGUAGAUGUGCGGCUCCAAUAGCUGUGCUGCUGUGUUAUUUACCUGCAGAUAUUGAGCUGAUGUCCCUCCAGGUCUUUGACUCUAAAAGGUCAAGUCAAAGAUUUCCCUCCUUCAAUUUCCAUGAAGCUCAGGACAAGAGGAGGUGAUCUGUAUAGAGUUUAGUGUUUAGCCCAGAUAUGUUACAUGAAGUAAAUGUUGUUAGAUAGACCAAUAGGUGGAUUACUCCAACCAAUUCAUAGCAUUUUGAAAUAAUAAGAAUCACAUUGGCAUUAAUGCAGACAAUCUCCCCAUCAUCUUCUCUUAAUGAGGCCAGUGUUUAAUCUGAAUUAUGUCAUGAUGUAUUGAAUAAUGCAGUUUAAUAUUGCUUCUAGUAUGAUUAUCAGUUAUUUUCUGAAACCUAUUUUAUAACCCAAAUAAUUAGACAUUCAUUUAAAAUAUAAUACUGGCUAAUUCAAGCAUAUAAUUAAGAUUCUUAUAUGCAUAAAAUAAUAGCAUUAUUCAGGCAUUUACAUUCUUUUUUCAAUUUGAUAAUGACAGAUGGCUGGAUAGAAAUCGCUUUUGGUAAAAUAUAAGUGAGUCAAAUGUUUUUCAGUAGACAUAGUAACAGUAUUUCAGGCUGUAGUUGUACAGAUUAUACAGAUUGAUCAGCUGGCAGUCGUGCUUUUUCUUGUCAUCCGUCAUGUUUUUGUGCUGUUCCCUCCGGCCAGGCCUGGACCUCUUUGCUUUCUACCAACGUCACAGACAUUAUUGAUUCUGGUCUAAUAAUACUUACAAUGGAUUUGAAAGAAAAACAAGCGUCUGUUUACUCUCAGUUACCUGUUGCACUGUGGAUCAUUUUUAAGAGCACAGGUAUAAAUUCACUGAUUUUUGUGUUAUUUGAUGGUUCACAAUAAAAGGACCUCUUCCACUCCAGUCGUUUCAUUCGUUCCUAUGAUAAGAUGUUUUUUAGGUCAAGCCUUAAUAUGUAGGUCAGUAAAUAUAUACUUCCUGAAUGUGUACCAAAGCCCAUGAAUGACCUUUUUUAUGUAAACGCCUCUUUUUAAAAUGAUGUGCUUAACUUCUGGCCGUUAUUUCUGACUGGACUUAAAUGGAAUUGGAUGCAGCUCUGUGUCCUCUUAUUUGUCAGUUUGAGAGUCCUUUCCAGUUUCAGCUUUUAUGGCCUAUUUCCACUGUUGUUACAGAGCUAAAACUGGCAUGGUUGAACCCAAAAUGACUAAGUGCUGCUGUAAGUGAGUUCAUGGCAUGGCAUCUGUGCUUCUUCGUAAGUGUGUGUUUAUGUGCGCGCAUGCAAGUGUGUGUAUAUCGGUAAUUGAAGGGGGUUGGUCAGCCCUCUGCCUCCGGGUGUCACUCGUGUUGUUGACCAUGGAGAACCCUACAUCUGCGCUCCCUUUUCUGUCUCUCUUUGGCUUUCUCCAAAGCAGCAUGGUGCGCUCUGUGGCAUGUAAUUCUAACCUGCUGUGAGUUUUAAAGACAUUUUGGCAAAGGAUGUUUUCUUGUCUCGUCUGCUUCAGCAUCAGUGGCAAUAACCAUGGCGCUUCAAUCCUUCAUAAGUGAGUAAGAUAAUCUUUAAUGGUUUAAGAGAAUAAUGCAUCUUAAUACGAUCGUAACUCUCCAUGGAGAGGUUGUAUUACCUUUCCUGUUGUCUGCAGUUUUUUGUCCGCCUUACAGUGAUCUAAACGACAGACAACAUCUGUGCAUUUUCAGCUUGUUCAAGGACUCGAUGCUGUGGAGUCAUUCAUGUUUAUAGCGCAGAUAUAGUCGCUGUUUCCUUGGCUCGUUCUUCGACAAAUAGCCUGAGCAGCUAUUAUUACUUUUAUGACUGUACUGACCCAUUUACUGCCCCUUAGUUUCACUCCUGGAGUCAUGUACAACAAGCUCUAAGCAACAAUGUGCCCAACAGCUUUUUUUAUUUGGUUGAUGCUGCAACAAAUCAGUAUCAGUUUUUUUUUUUGCUGAGAGCAGCUCAUUAGAGCUUCGUGUCACAGUGAAGCAAAAACAACAAAAACUGAGAACUGCUGAGUCAUGACCUGCUAAAUGUUUGUUUUACAAACCAGCUGGUGGGAAAUUUUCAGCGGGAAUAACUGUUGGACAUUUCAAUCUAACCUUGUUGGCAUUAUCAUACCCAUAAUGACACACUUUCCCCAGAUUUGACAUGUGCUGUUGUCUGUUUACAUAAUAAGGAUCUACCUUGGCUUUAUUUGAGAGGCUUUGUAAUAAAACUGUGGGUCUUACCAUCUUCCAUCUCGUAGAAAUUUAACAGUUUCUUACCCUUUACCACAUCUGUCUCUGUCCUUUUUUUGUUGGUUUAUCUGUUUCAGUUUUCUUAUUUUUUUUGCCACUCUUCAUUACCCUUUAAGAUUUGACAUUUGAAAUACAUCACCUGUAAUGACUGACUAAGACCUUUAUGGAUGAGAAAAAUGGUGAAUAAUAACACAUUUUGAGUUGCUAUGUUGUAAGAAAUACCUCUGCACAACAUUUAUGAUUCUAGUGUCUCUCUUCUUUCUGGCACUUGAUUUGGACUUUUGUAGAUUGCUCUUUUGUGCUUCUUGAAGACAUAUACCUGGAAACAUACCGCUGUAUUUAACAUCUGAAUGAGCUGCAUAGACCCAGGAAUCUUUCCAAUAAAAAUAGCACCCUGAGUUUCUAUUGGAGCUUUGUUUAUUGUUGAUUUUUGCAUCCCUGUGGACAAUCCAGCGCAUCUUUUCUCUUUGCUGAUCUUGCCUUGUACAUGUCUUGAGUGUUUUUUUCUGAUAAAAAGUCUUAACCCGCUUUUAACUCAUGCUGUAAAAAUGUAGAAAGGGCAAUUUUCUCUGUGUGUCUUUUAUUGAUCUUCAUGAAACCUACAAUUAUACAGGCAUUAAACAUAAUAAUGUAGAAGUAAUCAAUCCUGUCACUGAUGAUGCUUUUUCAGGAACUACAAAAGAAAAACAACAUCAUUAUAAAUUUCUGUUCACUUCAUAACCAGACAAAAAUCUCCCCCCAUGAGCUUUUAAUUUAAAAAUAUAAAAAACUCAACAUGUUUAGCUGCAGGAUUAUAAUUCUUGCUAAUGCCUUUUAAGGGAUCUUUAUAUCAUUAGCAAGUGAUUUAUUGUUCAGAGCAUAACAGAGUCAACUUAUUAACGCCUUAGAAAAGGGUGCCUCAUCAUCACUGAGUGGUAUUUUCUCUCCUCACCUCCUCCUGUGUGUCGCAGCUUUCUCUCACGCUCUCUGUGUCUCUCUCCAGUCCUGACACACUGGCGCAGGCUUGUGAAACCGACUCUGACGUCAAAGCUGACAUUCAGAAGCUGACUCCAGACCAGGAGGCUCUGAUGGAGAACGGAGAAAGUAGGGCUGCAGGCUAUAAGCAUUCCUGCCCCGCUGACCCAGGGCCAGGGCAACACAUGCACCAGAGCAGAACAUCCCAAAGCAACCUUAGAGAGCUGCAGGAGAUGGACUGUACCACAGAAGGGUGAGUUUUUCUUGACUUUAUCUUCCCCUUGUUGUUUUCUUUACAUAGAUGAUGUUUUCAGUUUAAAGGGGUUAAUGAGGUGGCUUUAAUGUCAGUCUCUUUUUUUAAGGAGACUAAAGGAACUUGUCUCUUUUGCUUCUCUGUCUAUAUUAAAUUAUGCAAUGUAUUCUUUCCCAUAAUGCAUCUAGUUAGGAGUUGUAUUACAUCUCUACAUCUCUUAAACUGAUUUCUUUAUUAGCAGGACCUUUUCCCAGAGCAAGAUGCCGCAAAUCUUUUCCAUGUCCAGUGAAGGUGAAGAGGAGCGAGUAGAAGAGGUAGAGAAAAGAAAGACACCUUUCUCACCCUUCAGCAGCAACUCUUUAACAAUGUUUAUUGUUGAUUUUCUCUGUAUUUUAGCUUGUUUGAGCUGCAAAUCUGGCUAAUAGCAAAAACCAUCUCUAGCCUUUACCAUGACAUUCAUAACCUAAUUUUUUUUUAACAUUUUGUCAUUCAUAUAUCUGUAAAACUAUGUUGGAAAAGCAGCUGUCAUCUGCAGAUCCAGCAAAAUACAUUCAAAGCACAAUAAUGCCUUUUUUAAAGGGGAAAAAUCUAUUCCUUAAAGUCGUGACUUGUCUGAAUUAUUUCCAGGCUUCCACCGAUACAGGACAAACGUCAUCUUCCUCGAAGUGCUUCAUGUCAGGGGAUGAACCACAGAGCAAAAGCCAAGCACAGAGUGAGCACACAGAGAGGUGAGAGGCAGAUAUUUGCCUAAAAUCAUUAUUUAACUCUUGAAAUAAAAAUGUUUACAGUGAAUUCAUACUUGAAAUUCAAAUAUAAGUUCAAAUUCGAGGGAGAAAUCAUAACAAACCGGCAGUGUUAGUCAUUUGGCGGCAGCGAAAAUGUCUUCGAUAGAAUUUGUGUGACUCAUUCGAAUGCUACAGUUAUUUUCAUUCCCCCUCCCACUGCUGUUGGGUUCCUCUCAGUUCAGCUCUUCUCUCAGCCCCACAGUCAGUUUGGAAGUAGGUUAUCAGAGCAGAGUGCGGCUCACAGUUGUGUUUUUGAUACAAUUCCAGUCCAAAUAGCACUGACUUGCCACAGGGGCUCACAAGCCACAUUAGGCCAAUGUGGCAUGGUGGCACGUUGACUUUUUGUUUGCGCUGCUUCCGCAGAGCCACAGGACAGGUCAUCUCAGUUAUAGCUCAUUAGCGUCACACAUGAAUAACCCAUAACCUUAAAAGCAGUGCAAGAUGACAGUCUGGCCUCAGAGCUACAAACAGCACAACACAACGUGAAUCGAAGUCACAUGGACUGUGAGCCAGUGUUAUUAGAUACUUAGAUUCUGCUCCCUUUUUUAAUGCGAUUCUUUUAUGUUUGCUCGCUGUGACGAAAGUUUGUUUUACAGAUUGUUGGACUGUGGAGAGAAACGGACUGAAGACAAAAUCACAGUGUCUGAAUCUAAGGUAAACUUUGGAAUAACAAGUCUGCAACUACCACAUUACUUCCUCUGACUCCUGUUUUAUUUUCAGACAGUGGAGACUGCUAUGACUGGAAGUUGUAACCUUAGGUUUACAAGCCAGCAAAACCACCACUGAGAGAGCUGAAAUUUUAGAUGAGCAUAUAAGUUGAUAUUGGCAUCAUCAUACAUUUCACCAUUUAUUUUUUCAUCAAGUUAAUCUAUAAAUAUUUUGGUCUUGACCAAAGACUGUAUAUACUAUGGACAACUUGGUUCCGCCUUCCACCAGUAUACAGAUUUGAAGCCAAAAAGCUCUUGGUAAUUCUGCGUUUUUUCUCCAUUUCCUGAAACCAACAUUGCGCAGUAGCGUUGUGUGCAUUCGGUGGGAGAGUUGCCAAGAGUCGCUGUGAUGACACUCGGCUAUAAAACAGCGUAUCCCCCGGGUGAGCUACGAACCCCUUGUACGCCCAUAGGUCAAUUAUAAAAAACAUGAACCCCCUAAUAACUUUGAAAAACGGGGCUGUAUAGAAAAAAGAGGACUUGAGUACAAACCAGUUUGACAAUAACCACAUAUCAACAUCGCAAGCAGGGGUGAGAAAAGUCAUAUUCACAACCCCAUAAACUUUGCUGGCGGAAGCGGGAUUUAUGACCUAUACUGCAGCCUGUCACCAGAGGGUGCUGUUCUCAGAGUGGCUUCACCCAUUGAGGAGACAGAUGCUGUCCAUUCUAAAUACAGUCUAUGGUCUUGACUGGUUCUUGUUUGCUAAUGAAAAGUAAGCUAGGUCAGUUGUUAUACUAUCAAUCGAUCAGUCAGUCCAUCUCCAAAGAUCCAGCCUCAAAGUAAAAUCCAGUCUCAUCUCAAGAUUCAGUGUUAUCCUUUCAUAAUCCAACAUGACGUUACAAAGGAAGUAAUCAAUAAUUCAUCUUUGUAUAACUUGAAGUGCCAUUGUCACAAACUGAUGAGAGUAUGUGCUCCCACACUACAUGUGUCACUAAGUGGAUUUUAGUAAGCGAGACCUCAACUGUGCGUAUGCUGUCCACUCCUCCAGGGUGAAGGAGGAGGAAGAGGAGGAUGUCGUGGUUCUCCUGACAGACAUGAUGAUUGCAGAGGCAGGGUCAGCAGCCGUGACGUAAGUUCCCUUUCCCCAUAACCAAAUUAACACUUUCUUAAGGAUGAGGGUAUCUAUGACAACAGGACUACUGAUACCUCCAGCAAUUGUUUGUCCUUGUGAAGAAUCUAAGUGAUACUGCACACACCUAUAUGUGUAGUGGAAGCCUGAGCUGUCUUGCCUAUGGGUAUUUUUUUUUGUUGUUGUUCCAGUAAUGACAUCCAGACUCCCUCCCCUCCCUUCCCUCCUCUCCAUCUGUGUGACGCACAAAGCAGUGUGUUUUUUUUUUCUUUUUUUAGUGAAUGAACUGCCAAAGAGGGCAGAACAGGAGGGUGGGAGCCUUUAUCUGCAACAGAUUUUAAUAAAGAUAAAGACACAGUGUGAGAUUACAAAGAUGAACAAAAAAUAUUUAUACCCAAGCUUUGUAAAGAGUCCAGAUUUUUUUUUUAUCCUUCUCAAUUAUAAAUCUUAUGCACACCUACACAAAAACACACUCACGCCAAGGCAAAACAAUAAGCAGCCUGAUCCUUGCAGCUCCAUCAAAUUGGCCCCAUAGCUUGGUCUGACAAUGUUGCCGUGGAAACGUCUCAUCACAUACAGUCAGAACAUCUCUCGUCCCUUGAGCACACACCAUACACAUCAGCAUGAGCCGCUCUCCUGUCACCCACCCCUCCUCUGUGCAAGGUGAAAUAUCCAUGUGGUCACAGUGAAGCAGCAGCAGAAGUGCGAGGAAUCCCGGUCAGAGGAGUGAAAUCAAGAUUUAAGGAUUCAGGAGCAAGCUAUCCUCUCAUGCACCCACACACCAAUAAACCUGGUGAUGUGAGAAUCACUGUGAUAAUGCUAAUUGGAUUGAAGCAUGUUGCUCAUCAGGGAUCCUACGCUGGAUGCUGAUGCGUGUUUGGAAACUGACUCAUUGACUGAAUAAAGUCAGAGGGAAUUUUGUCUCGUUGGAUGCCUCCUGGGCUGCAGAGCUUGUAGUCACACAGAGCGAAGAGGAGCUGCAGAAGGGGACAGUCUGUACAUGUACUGCUCGUGAUGUGAUCUCUGCCUUUUUAACUGACGGAGCUUCAGAAGAUCACAUUUACAACUACCUCUGAAAGCAGCAUGCCUGUUGUUUAUUUAAUCUUCUUUUUGAAUGUUUUGUCCUGAAAAGGAAGGAAACAGCUACUCUUCAAACCUCAUCCUGGAACUCCCUGUUUUAUGAAGUGAAAUGUUUCAACCGAUUUCUUUAGAUUCCAGAGCAGCACAUGAAGUGCUGAGGACUCCCUCAGGCUAAAAACUACAGUCUACAUCUCCAAGUCUUCUUUCCUGAGGCGAUGUUUUGCUUCUGUUUUCAGAGCCCUUCUCUCAAGCUACAAGCUCUGGAGGCUGACCUGAGGCCCAAGUCAUCAAUAGUAGACCUCCUAACUGAAGAUAACCAACCUGCUCAGGAUAAGUCUCUGACUACUGACGAGCAGAGUCUGUUUUUAACACGCAAGCUGCAACUCCAGCAGCCACCAUCGCCUCCACCUCAGGGUCAGCACACAGAGGACUCAUCACAGUCUGGUAAGACACUGAUUAGUAUGAGCUGAUUUUAUUCAAGUUUAAGAAACUUUUGGUGAAAAAUUCUCCUCUGGGACAAAAUGAUUCAGUGGAUUUGCUUUAUGAGUUUUAUUUAUUUUGAGGUUUCUGUUAUCCAAAACAUUUCGCUCUUCAGUACCUCGAGCAGCUGAAGGCUCUAACCCGUGACAACCCUUUCAGUACUAGAGCUGCAAUUCAUAUUUGUUGUUUAAUUGCCUCUAUUUAUAGAAUCUUAUUUCUCAAGUGUUUUCAUUUGUGGUGUUGUAGUUCCCACUGUUUUCCCCUUGGUUUGAAAACGUGGUCAAUAAAGCGCGACAGCAACCCUUGACGGGUGUGUCAUUUUUUAUAACAGCAGACCAAGGUACGAUACGGCUGCUGUUACAUCACUUCACAGUUGGCAGUGACAUAAUGAACCAGUACAUGAAUUUAGUAACAUGUAAUAUAUUGACAUUUCCCUCUUUUUCUAAACUUGAAAACUAGUGUCAUUUUAUUUUGUACAUUGUUUGUUUAUGGUUUUUGACCACCAUACGACAUUAACAUUUUCCCAAGAUGAUGUUAAAGAUAAAUCACUUGAUGGUAGUAUUUUCAUAUACACCAAAGAUACUACAUAUUUGUGUUUUUAUGUAUGUUGCAUGUUUGUAUACAAUGAAGAAAAACAUUCAUUUUUUUUACCCUCAUAUUUGCUUUCAUAAGGCAAAAUAGAAAAUGGUACUGUUGAAUUAGCAUUAAAGAGAAAUCAGUCGUAUCUAUAAAUUCAUGUGUCAGUUGACAUUAUCCUUUGUCCCUCUCCAACAGAACAUACCCUUUCACCUGAGUCAUCAGAGUCCAGUCCUGUAAUCUCCACUCAACAUCACUCUGAGAGGAUACCUGCUAAUGACACCCCGUCAAGCCCACCAGGACCCAAAACCAGCCCGCUUCUCUCCUGUUUAACUACAACUGACUGCCCAGUACCCUCUCCACGCUGCCCGAACCUCAGUCACAGCCUGCGGUACAACCUCGACCCUGAUACAGCUCCUUCUCCUCCAUGCUCACAGCAUAUACGCACGUAAGACAGCUGUUUCCUCAACAACUUUAUUUGGGGUUUUGUUCAUAUUGUCUGCGAUUGUUUUUUUUGUUGUUAAUUGGCUUAAAAUGGGCAGUAGUUUGAAAAUAUCACAGUCCUUAUACCAUACAGAUGCACAUGGGUUGAAUUGAGUAUCUUGGCUUUUAUUGUCACCAGUGCUCGCAGCAGUGUCCGUUCAGAGCCAGACCGGGGCUCUGUGUCCAUCUCAAUGCUCAACAGACACAUUCACAGCCUGAGGAAAAGGAUCAGGCGUUUUGAGGAACAGUUUGAACAGGAGAGGCGCUACAAGGUAAGAUUAUCGGCCAAAUCCUCAUGAAGAGAUCGGAAGUUGUUGUGUCAGAGUUUUUUUUUUUUAAUUAAUUUUGUGUGUGUGUAUAUGUGUGUCAUCCUGCAAGAGUGAAUGACUCCCUCUACUGGCACGUUGGGAAAAUUAUAUCUUUUUGCAUAGAUGAAGAAGUAAUGCAAAACAGAAAAGUAUUGAUGACAUAUGACACCUAUCCAGUAAAACUAAAGAAAAAUCCAGGUACUCAGUGCAAGAGGUGGAUUAGUAUCAAGUGAUUUGAGUUUCCAUUGUUAUUUCAGCCUGCCCACAACGACAAGACAGCUCACCCUGAGGUGUCCAGACUAAUGAAGGAGCUCAUCAGGAGCCGCAAGCAGCUUAAAGGUCAGUUUCAUAACUGUGGACACACACUCAAAUACAUGAAUUAAUGAUUACAGAGGUGGAGGAGGCGUUCAGGUACAGCAUAGUAAAGUUAAUUCAAAAUUCUGCCUUAGUGAUCAUAGGAUCAUAGGAAACUGAUUCAUACUUGAUGCUCAAAAUAGUUUCCUCUCUACGCACUUAUUACACUGGCACUUAGAACCUAAAAGUCCAUUAUUUAUUUUGUGGGUUUUUCUCUCAGGUUUGCUCGUUUUGAUACUUUUUGAGAGUUUUGUCUCUUUGGGCCUCAUUUAUGAAAUGUAGUUAGGCUUGGAGACAAAAAAAAAAGUGUCGAAAAAACCAAACUAGACCUACUCAUUAGGCAUCAAAGCUUAAAAUAUGGGCAAAAACUUGUUUUAGUUUUGAUAGUGCAAUAUAUUUUGUAACUUUAUUAUUUGACUGAAGAUCUUCUAAGAAGAGACAGCAGCUAUUCAGAAAUGUGGCUGAGUUGGAAUCAAAUAAAAAGUAUUUGAAAACUACAGAAAAAAAGGUACAUAAUAACCCUCCAUCACUGAACUUGAACUUAACAACACUACUUUCCUCUUUUAGAGCUGAAGCUGAGACAAUCAGCAGAAAUUGAACUGAUGGAACAGAGGGUCUUCAACCCAUCAGCUGAAACACACGGGACCACCACAGACCACAGAGAGGCAGCACUAGCAGGUACUGAGCUGCAGCAACUCAACAACAAUAACACCAACACCAAGCCAAAUGUGGAGGAAACCGUCAACAUCAUCACCAACAGACUGAAGGAAAGGCGGCAUGAGCUGGGCUUGCCUGACAGCAUUAAGGUCUGUAUUGUUGGAUUACUUUCAAACAGCAACAUUAAGUGCUAUGAUGUUAGAUCCAGAUUUUUUUGCGCACAGAGGGAAAAUUUGUGCAGCACUGACCCUGGAAAUAGAAAAAACAAUCAUGCUUCGCAAUCAUCUCUUGCAGGAGAUGUCUCAUUUCCAGAUGACUUUGGAGAAAACCAGUCUGCAGAAGUGUUUGCUCUACUUUGAGAGUCUACAUGGAAGACCAGUAAGGCCUGCUCGGAUGACUUCCUUUGUGUCUUUUUUUUGUUUUUAUCCUACUUCUUUUAUUUUCUGCUCCCUCUUUUGCGUUAAUCCUCUGACUUUUUAUUUACAUGUUCCCUCACAUGACAUCGUUUUCUCAGUUUACAUCUUUUUUUUUCAUCUGUGUCCUCAGAGCACCAAGCAAGAGCGGAAUCUAAUGAAACCUUUCUACGAUAGAUACCGUCUUCUCAAGCAGCUGCUCUUUUCCUCUGUCGCUGCAAAAGUAAUAACGACCAUUGUGAGUACACUCCUAUCACUGAUUAGUACCUGGCUUCCCUGUUGUCACCUGGCUGUGAUACUUGAUUCUGAUUCUUGACAACGGUAAUUAAUUCUGUAAUGCCAGGGACAAGGAGAUCAAUUGGUGGAUAAUAGUUUGGCACAUUUACAUCUGCUUGUCGACACUGUAGCAAAGAUGUUGGUUUCCCCCUAGCAUCAAUAACAAUAAACACUGUGUAGAAAAACAUUAUAGCAUGUCUAUUGGUGGGCUAAACAGUCUGAGUAAUCUAAUACCAGAUCCUCUGUUGUGAUUCUAGCAAGGGUAGCAGAGCUGGUGAGUUGAGCUUUGGUGUUUGUUUAUUCUGCAGGAAGGAUUAAAAUCUGUAUUUAACAAUAGCUUUACCAACUGAAGAAUCCUUUAUUUGUACAAUUAUCAUUCUUAAAUCAAUAAAAUCAUUUUUAAUCUGCCGUUUAAUUUAGUGCCAAUGUACACAUGACUUUAGUUGUUAGCUGGGUAAUAAGCAAAUCAGAGGCUUCUGUCUUGUAGAAAUAAUAAUGAUAAUAAAUUUUGUUUGUUUUGCACUUCACGUAUUUGCAAUCUCUAAAUGACACAGGGUAAAAAAAAAAACAAUUAAAAUUAAUGUAUUAAAAAGAGUCAAGAUAGAUAGAUACUAAAAAGCGAGAACCUGUAAAAUAAGGCUGUCGCAAAAUGCUUUUUUUAAAGGUAGGUUUUGUUAAAAAGCAUCUGUAGACUGUGGGGCCCUCGGGUGAUCAGGGAGGGUGUCCCAUAGCCUCGGGGCAGCUGAGAAAAAGGCUCAAACAUCCAUGGUGCAGAGUUAAGUUCUGGGGGCUUGGAGGGUGUUUGUGGUUGUAGAACAGUACAUGAGGAGGCCUGGGGGGAGAGGUAACCCUGCAGAUAACGGUGGGCAUGUCUGUGAAUGCACUGAGACCUUCUAUUCUAUUCUGAGUGAGACAGGGAGCCAGUGAAGGAAAUACAGGAUGUGGGUGAUGUUUGUGCACCCUCAUCAGGAUCCUAGCAGCGCUGUUCUGAAUGUAUUUUAGUCUCUGGAUGAGAGUAAGAUUUAAGUGUCUGCUGCCCUCUGGUGGCUAAAUUUGGGAGCCUUACCACACAAGUUAGAAAAAGCAUAGUUCAUUUAGCAGAAUAAUGAAAGUUAGAAAAAAACAAAGCUCGUAAGUUCUGUGGUUCGUUUUUAAGUUGUGUUUUGUGAUAUUUGAUUACCUCAAGUAUUGUUCAAAGUUUUUGAAAAGCUUGACAUAGGCAGUGAAUGAAACUAUGAAGUUUUCUGAUGGCUUGACAAUAAUUGGUAUCCUAUGCAUUUACAAGUUUUCUAAAUUUGUUAUGUAAUGCUAACUGUAACACACAAGUUAUCCCUGUGUUUGUGUACACAGGAGGAAGAAGACGGCUCUGAUGAAGAGCAUCCAAAACAGCGAAGCCCCAAACAACAGCCACUCUGGUCGAAAACUCCCAGGUACCUGUCUUCAGAUGAGUUGCUGCAGCUGCCUUCUCUAGAGUUCUCUGAAACACCUCUGGUUUCCCCGCUGGAGGAGGUAAAGAAUCUCCAGCCACAGAUUAUUACCAUGGCAACACUUCAUGAAGCUUCCAGGUACUGCUUUAACUUAAGCAUCAGUUUUUUUUUUAACCUGUGAUGGGAUGUUUGACCUGUGAUGUUUAGGAAGUUGUAGUGAGUUGAAUCUCACAUGUUUGCAGACAGUUUGAAAGACUGAAUAAAUUUCUUGAUAUUUUUUUACACAGAACAGAGUUACUGGAUCACCUCAGGGCGGCUCGAUUAGAGAAGAGGAGGCUUCAUCGUGCGCUCAGAGAGUUUGAGGACCACUUUUACAUGCAGACCGGCAGGUACAAGUCACACACAAAACUCUUGACUUUAGGAUUUAUUAUUUUUUUCUCUUAAUAAACUUGAACAUUUGGUUUUUUAACAAUGCCUUGUGAAAAACAAAGAAAAAAACAUCCACAAAAGAAAUUCCAUCGUAAUGCUACGACAGUGUAAUGCACACUCACUUAACGUUAAUACAGCACAGAGAGCUCAGGAAAGAGACAGAGAGAUAGACGUUUGCUCUGAACUGUACACGACCUUUUGUACUGUACAUGUUAGUCCUCCAAAGUAAUACAGUUAAGUUUCUGAUUACAAUACACACUGUACAAAGCUAUCGGAGUAAGGCAACAUAGGGACUAUCAACCAGUUAUGGAAGCUGCUGCAGGUUGUUUGGAUCUAUUGAAGUUUGACUGUUGUGUGUGCAUCUGUUUUUUUUUUUUUUUUUACCCUCCAUGUUUUGUCGACAGGAUCUGUCAGAAGGAGGACCGAGGCCCAAUGGCGGAGGAGUACUGCCAGUAUAAGAACCUCAAAGCGAAACUCCGCCUGCUAGAGGCCCUGCUCAGUAAACAACAGGACUCAGCGAAGAGCAGUUGAAUGAACUCACAGUGGGAUUUUUCUCUUUCUUAACAGGAAUCAAUCUAUUCUGAAAAAAAAUGAGGCCUCUCAGGUCUGGUCUUGUUUCAUGCCAUGCUCGUAAUGUUGAUGCACUUUAGAUGAGGAAAAAGAAGAAGUUAUUGGUGAUAAUCAAAUGCUAUUAGACUGUAUUUUUUUUAAAGUUCCUACAACACAUCCCUUAUCAUUGACGGUUUCUUUUUUCUAUCAUAAACCUGAUGUAGCAAGUGUUUUUUUCAUGUAGCACUUGUUUAUGUGAAAGAUAGACAGCUGCAUUAAUGUAAUGUUAGUAACAUGUUAGUUUUUUAAGAUCUCUGUAUGUAUGUAUGUAUGUAUGUAUGUCAUGGCACUUUGUCGCUUCCUUUUUUUGUCCUGUGCCAAAGUACUAGUUUUGGACAACACUGUCCCUAGUUGAUGUGGAAACUGCAUUUUUCAAAAGUGCUAUCUUGGCAAAAAAAGGAGUAGGCUUAAAUGCAACCAAUGCAACAAUCACGUGUUAUUGUGCAUUUCAGUUUUUUAGUCCUACAUUGUGCUAUGAUAUGCAUCAAGAGUUUUAUCUGAAUCAUUCAGUGUACAUGCUCACCGUUGAAAAUAUGUGAAUGAGGGUGAACACUGGCAUCGUAGUGCAAGUUAUACCUGCUGUCAGAUUUGUGUUUAUCCCCCAAUUUUUCCUGUAUGAAGUCAAUUUCCCUCUAAAUGCAGUUGUUGACAAUGCUUUUGACAUUGUGCACUUCCGGUUCAUAUAGUUCUCUCUCUAUAUAUAGACAUAUACAUAUAUAUGAAUGUAUCAAUAAAAAUAAAUAUUUUUUCACAUUUAUUCUGCUAAACACAGUUUCUGGUUUUACCUUCCUCCUCUCCGCUCACUACAACGAAAGAAGAGGAACUAAUGCAGAAAAAGUCUCCAUGGUAGAGGUACUGACAGCUUCCAUAAUCAUGCUGCACAGAACUGCAUCAUGCUUAUUCUUUAAAGGUUAACAAGUUCACAAAUAGUUCACACUCGGUCAUCAAAGACUCAUAGUGAAUCCACGUUUUAGAGGCUGUUGCAUUAGUACUGCGUAAAUUCCACAGCAGUUUCACUUCUUGUUUUUAAUACCUUUGGUUUAAAAGACAGAUGACUCUGAAUGCUGCAGCCCUAUACAAUUGUUUUACCAGUCUGUGCCACUAGGUGGAGGUAAACAAAAGUCUGACAUUGUCUACUGUAGAAUGAGAGUAAAAUGUUUUUUUUAUAAUGACAGUCAAAGUAAUUAGAAACAAGAGAAUGUUUGUCCACACAGGCUGUGGACUCAAUAUCAAGAGCAUAUCAAUAAGAACAAGGCAAAGGUCAAGAACAAAAUAUGAGACAACUGGUUAAAAGAAACACCAGGAAACUGAGUAGAAGCAGCCCGUGUUGGUUAGUAGAGUUAAAGGGUUUGGUCAGUAUGCCAGUGUUGAUUUGAAGGAUGUAUGGAUGAAUCUGUGUCGUCCCAGGUUUCGAUUGCUCAGUUUCAUGUUUGUCGUUUUUUUUAAUUAACCCUUUUGAGAGACAACAGUGCAGGUGUCAGCGUGUGAACUACUUCUUUUCCCCUCCGCUCUUCUUUGGGAAUGAUGGUCUCUUUAGAGAACAGAGCAGUGUCUGAGAUAUGUUUGUGAGCCUACUAAAUCUGCUGCUUCAUGCAUGUGUUGGUCUGCUUCAUCAGUACAUGUGGACUUCCUGUACGUGUUUAGAGGUCAGUCACCUCAACUCCUUCCCUCCUCCUCCUCUUUCCUUUACAUUCUGCUUAUUUUUUUUAGCGUCCCACACUGAUGUUGCAGGUCUUGCAGCUGGGGUCCUUCUUGGCAUUUACCGUGGACAGACUCAUCAGCUGGUGCCCACUGAUCUCCGCCACAGUGCCCAGCGCCAGGUCCACAGGCUCUGUGUAGAUCACCUCCAAGAUGACAUCCUGCGCGUGGUGGAAUAAUAGACCUUCACCUUCUUCAACCUGCUUGCAGGUAAGGAAACGGUUGUUGGUGAUGUCGAGCAAAGGAAGCCUCUGCUUACAGAAGUCGUCUCCCCUGGAGCCCUUUGGCGCCAGCACCAGAAUAACAUAGUGGUAGGCUGUGUACAUGCAGUAGAAGUCUCCAAAGUACAAGUUGGUGUUGGGGUUGAAGAGCACGUCAGCUUGCACCUCAAAGCGUUGUCGGCCGUAAGGGGAGUCCUGCGGGGGCUUGCCGGUGUUGAACUCUGUGUUGCAGCUGAAGAAAAUGCCCUCCAGCUUGCCACUGAUAGGUGAACCGUGGCUGCCGCUGUUGUCUUUCACUGAGGGCAGCAUCCGGUUCUCCUGUGCCUCCCUGGAGUUUGGGGAAAAGAGGAAAAGAAACUGACUUUGAACAACCAGAAAAAAAGACGGUUCAGUUUAGGCCACAUCAGUAACAAAUCUGCACUUUGUUUUGAUCUGUGGUUUUUGUGCUUCCCCUUAAUAAAUCAAAGCCAUGGUUUUGUUUUGGGAAUGGCAGAUGGCGAUGGCAUCACUCGAUCAAGUUUGAUUACAAAAUGAUAAACAGGGUUAGAGACAGUGUAACACAUGGGGGAAAAAAAACGGAUGAAAUAUGCAGUGGUCUCGUAAUCCAACGAACAGAGUGAACUCUCAGAACGGUGCCGUGUUGGUUCAUUGUUUCUGUAAUUGCAUUAGCCAAGAACAGUUUGUCUCACUGAUGCUUAAAUAUUUAUUGACCUUUGUUAAGAAAAUCUAUUCUCACAGAACAAAUCAACAGAAGAAAUUUUAAAGCUAUGAAUGCUGCGGCAACCUCACACCUACCCCGAAGAGUACGGUAAAUCUAAGCGCUGGAACUCUUAUUACAAACUGUGAUUAUGCAUCUAUCAGUCCUGAGGUUGUCAUUAUAUCAUAAUUGAUGCUUUGUUGUGGUCAUUAUGGAGUUCUUCUGCUCCCACCUCAGGUCGGUGAAGUGUUUACUUCAGUUCUGUUUCUCCCCACAUGGUGGAGCAGUUCAACUGUAACACUGUCCAAACACUAUAGCAGAUGUAACUCAGCAGAAGAGAGAAGUCUAUUAACAUGACGUCAUGCUGCAAAGCUUGACCAAAGAGAGCGCACAAGCUGUGACUCUGGUGCAGAAACUGUGUUUUCUGAGGCGUAGAGCAUUUUCUCCACAGGAGUGCAAAGACAGGAGAUAAGAGGAGGGGGCCUGAACAGGAAAGUGGAAAAAAGUGAGUCACAUGAAUCCAGUUAAGGAUCUGACUGCACAAAAGGCGACUCCACAGAUAUUCCUCGUCUCUGUCCGUCACACUCUACUUAGUCAUCAAAACAGACUUGCACAGCUUUUCCUGCCACAAGCGUUUGUCUUUUCUCUUCUUUCUCCUUGACGACUGUUUGUUCUCCUCUGGCAGGGUUACAAACUUAGGCACAUUGGAGAGGAACUACAAGGCAAAGACACAAACUGGCAUUACAUUUCAUUCCUGUCAUUUAAAUGUGCACUGAGGGUAAGACUGCAGCAACCAAUCUAUGACUCUUUAAAUUGCUUUUUGGUAGAGCUGGCAAUGUCUUUGGGAGGUUUUUUAAGGAGAAAUACUGCGGUAUGGAUUUCAGUGUGACCAAAAUUUCAUAUUGCUAAACAUGUUUCAGGAAGAGAGAUAUUUAAAGGUAAAGACACGGCCCAGUUCAGAAAAACACUUCUCAAUAACAUCCAUUUACAGGCUGACUAGAAUGAAAGUGGCCACAUUAAGUCAUAACAAACAACAUAAUGUUCAGUUAGUACAAUAAUAGACUUGGUUGUCUACCUGGCGUGGUCAAAGUACUCUUUAUUCUGAUUCCUGUAGAAGACGGAGAAAGGCAGCAUCCGACCUGCAAUGACCUCCGCUUUUUCCAACAGCUGGUUUAGAUGCACUGUAGAAUAAUCUGCAGAACAGACACAAACACAUGCAGUGAAAUCUAAUGUGCUGCUAUGGUGAGGAUCAGAAACCAAUGAAAAAUAUAAUUAGCAGAUAUGUAAUCAUGAACAGCGGGAAGCUCUGUGGCAGGGAUGUGAAAUAAACUGAGUAUGAUGACCCUGAGAUACGCCCAUCUUUAACCUCUUUAUAUUUAUGACUUGAAAUGACUCAGCAGUGGAUAUAAAAAGCCUUUCACUAUUUUUACUAAGUACUAUAAUAAACUCUGCUCUUACCACUGUGUGAGCAGGUCUGCCAAAUGGGAGUGGAUUUUAUCCAAAGCAUAAAUUUUAUGAUGAUGAAGACUCUUCUCAUGACAUUUUUCUUUAAAAGCACUUCAGCGCUGACAAGGACAGCUAUAGAAAUUCUCCUUUUUUCAUGCACAGAGAGAGUAACUCAGACAAAAAUGAAACAUCAUGGUGUUUAUUUGGAUAUUUUUGACAAAGUUCAGAAGGCUACUAACAUUACUGGAAAGCAAAGGUUAUAUUAGAGCAUCCAGCAAUAUUUACUUUGAACAUGAACAUUUUGUCUGUGCCAACAUUUGGCCUUUUUUAAGACUUGUUCAGGUAACGGGUAAUCAGCACAUUGUGAUUUCACAAAAGCUCAUCUCUCUCUUUUUAAAAAGUGUCUUGUGCAAACCAACAGGAUGGAAGGAUACCCUGAAGAGUGGGGAUUUUCAAACACUCUAAAAUCCCCUGGGUUAAAAACAACCCAAAUUAGGUUUUUUAAACCCAACACCAGGGUUGAAAAGGGGCCAACUACAUAUUGGGUUAUUUUGACCCAGAAUGUUGGGUUAUUUAAAUUAACCCAAAUUUUGGGUUGACUCAAUAACUCGUUUUAAGGAUCAAGUUAACCCAAUCUUUGAGUUAAUUUGACUCAUGAUCUUGGGUUAAAUUGAUAUAUGCAUUUGGGGAGCUUUUUUGGGAGCUUUUCUUAUACAACCUGUACCCUAUAUUCCCAUGUACUUUUAUCUAACUGAUUGGUGGGAAUCAGUUAGUUUAAAGUACAUGUGAAAAUAGGGU